GGCCAGCCCCUACUUCAGGGCCAUGUUUACAAGUGACAUGGCGGAAAGUCGUCAGAAGACGGUUGUUUUACAGGGAUUGGAUGCAGGCAUGUUAAGGGAGAUCCUGAGUUACAUCUACUCGGGAACCCUCCAUGUGUCCCUGGACAAAGUGCAGCCCCUGUACCAGGCAGCCGACCUCCUCCAACUGGACUAUGUGAGAGACAGCUGCAGCAGCUACAUGGCCAUGAGCGUGGAGCGAUCCACCUGUGUGGACCUGUACAAGUUUGCUGAUGUCUUUUCUGUUGAAAAUGUCCGAAAAGCUUGUCAGAAGUGGAUUGCCAGGCACUUUACUGAGGUUGCCUCCAGUGAGUUCUGCAGCCUGAGCGUAAACAACUUAAUUGAGAUCAUCAGCCACGAUGAGCUGGAUGUUAAAGAGGAGACAACAGUGUGGAAGGCUGUGGUGAGAUGGGUGCAGCACAGAAGAAAGGACAGAAUGCAUCACCUACCCACCAUCCUCUCUCACAUCCGCUUCAACCUGCUGACCUCAGACGACACGGCAGCCAUUUUGGAACACCCCCUGGUCAGGGAGGAUCCUGGGAGCUGUGAGGUCAUCAAGAAUGUGGUAAAGAAAGGGAACCCUAACCUGAAACCGAGGCUUGGGAUGACUACAGAAAUGGUUCUGCUGCUGAAUCAAACCCCGGGUCACAACGAGGUCCUGUUCAUGAACCCUCAGGAAGGGAAGUACAUCAGCUGCAGCUACAAGUAUGAAGAUCUCCCUGAAGAGUCUUCAGUCGAGACAGUCACCACCGAUAACGAUAUAUAUAUCAUGGAAAUAAAAUACUUAGAAGAUGAGAAAAAGCUGUCCCUGUUAAAGUACAAUCAUGCAGAAAAUGUGUGGGAACCUGCAGAUGUGCCCUCAAUUUCUAUGGAACUGGAACAUGAUUCAAGCUGCCACAUUUCUGAAAUUGAUGGGACUUUGUAUUACCUUCCUAUUGAUGAAGAUAGCUCUGUCUUGCGGAUGAGUAAGUGGGACCAACACACGAAACAGUGGCUGGAGUGUUCGUCGCUACAAUUUGAGGAAUUUACAUUUACGUAUACAUUCGAGAAUCGCAAUUCACUCUCUUUUACAUUGUCCUGCGGUUCACACCUCUAUUUCCUGACGAAUGAGGAAAUGCAUCGCUACGACCCGAGCCAGGACCGGUGGAGCAAGCGGACCCCACCGAUCGACAUUCCUAACAUCUGUACAGCUGUUGCCAUGGGAACGGAGAUUUUCUGCACAGAUGUAGACUUCACCCAGACCAUGGUGUACGACACAGAGUCAGACUGCUGGCACAAACUGCAAGGCCCAGAAAACCCUGAUGUUGCUGAUAAUCGUAGUCCCUCUUUUUUCGUCUUGGGGAACCAGCUGCACGUAUUGUUAAUCUGUGUUGAAAGACCAAUCAUGCUCCGUGAAGGGCAUCUGGUAUAUGUUUAUGACAGGUCUGCAGAUGCCUGGAGAGACCUGAAGGCCACUCUGCCUAAUAGGAGAUAUGAUAAUGAUGGUCCUCAUUGGCCUGUGGCACGUAUAUACCUGCCAUAUCUUAAGGGGGCAUAAAAACAUAAUUUCUCACGUUUUUUGUCGUUUGAGUGCAGGUUAAGGAUGCAUAGAGUGUCGGGCAGGGCUGAUCAGCGACAUUUUGUUUAGAUCUCUAGUUUUGCUUAAUGUAUCGGCAGUGGGAUUUGUAUUGCAGUGCUUGAUUUAAUACCUUAAUGUAAUUUUACAGAAAUGCUUCCAUCAUUUUUCUUAUAUGUCUUAAAUCUAACAGCAAUGAUAACCAGGCUGACUGACAUCCUAGUUAGUUGACCCUAGUGGUAUUCGGUGAGGGUGAAUGGGUGUAGGUGGAUGCAUGGGAGUCCAAGUAAGCUAAAUAUAACCAAUACUUUAUGUCCUUUAUUGAACUUUUACCAUUAUAUUACAUAUUAUUCAAGUUACAUACAGUUUUUUUAUGCAGAAUGUAUGUGUUUAUAGCGUGACAGGUAUAUUAGUUGGCAUUAACGUUUGUAAACAAAGCCAUGAGUAAAGUUAAGCACAUUGGAUUAUAUACAUGUAUUUCCAGAUAUGAUUUUUAUCCUUUUUGUUUAAAUCUUAAACAAUAAAUAUUUACUCG